AUGUUGUCUGUAGUUUAUAGAAUAAAACAACAAUGUUCAUUUUACUCAAACAUAAACCUAUAAACAGCAAAAUCAGAGAAACUGAUUCAGAAACUGAUAUGCAUCAAAACGAGCAUGUAAAUGCAAACCCCCGGCAUGUAAGAUAUCUCUCUCCUCUAGCUGAUGACCUCGCCACAGAUCCACAGAUACCUUUGUUCUAGUUUUGUCACUGGCCGGAGAAAGCUAUGUUUUAAUAAUUUCUCAAUGUGUGAUGUGCAAAACUGCUGAGUUCCUCACACAUGGGAGUGGUUUCAGCAGCGCUAGAGGAGCAAAGCGAGAGCGCUCUUUUCUUAAAGCAGCAGAAUUUGUGUGAUUACUGAGAGCUUUGAGGGUUUAAAGCCACAGCUCGAGGAUGUCUCCUCUGGUUCUGGGAGUGGGUGCUUGCUUAGCCGGGUGGAUCGCUCUCUACGCUCUGCUCUGCUACACAAACGGCUCUUGUGGUUAUGAAUGGAACUGUCGGCUGGUCACACUGUUCCACGGCAUCCUGGCCAUUUGCAUAACGGCCUACAUAGGCUACAUAGAUGGACCUUGGCCUUUCAACUACCCAGGGACCAAAAACACCACCCUCCAGAUGUCAGCUAUGGUUCUGAGUCUGGGUUACUUCAUCUUCGACAUGGGCUGGUGCAUUUACUUCCAGACGGAAGGUCUGGUGAUGCUUGCCCACCACACCAUGAGCAUUCUGGGUAUGCUCCUGACCCUGUGGCUGGGCGAGUCCGGCAUCGAGGCGUGCGCCGUCAUCUUCGGCAGCGAGAUCACCAACCCCCUGCUGCAGACGCGCUGGUUCCUGAAGCGCUCGGGCCGCUACGAGACCUUCCUGGGCGACCUGGUGGACGUCCUGUUUGUGGUCUUGUUCGUGAUCAUGCGCGUGUUCGUAGGCGGCGCCAUGCUGUACUGCGAGCUGAUCUCGCCCAGGCCAAAGUUCAUCAUCAAGUGCGGCGGGGUGGCCAUGUACGUCCUGUCGUGGUUGUUCGUGGCUGAUAUCGCACGAUUUGCUUAUCACAAGAGCAGCGUGAAACACCGGCGCUGGAAGAGCCGGCAGGUACAGGCUGAAGUCAACGGCCAAGAGAUUAAGAGGGACUGAGAGGGCCCUGUGUGUUUUAAAGGAGAACUCCGGUGUGAAAUUGAGUAUAGGUGUAGUAAAACAUAAUAAAGAGUACUAACCUAAUCUGCAGGGGCAAAAAAAAUAUGCCCCAUUAAAACCCAUUCUAUUCUGUUUCGACAAGCUGCACAAAAUUUCUGGAUCUCAGAAAGCUGCAGGAGAGCAGGGGUGAGCUAUUCAACAAAGUUUAGUUCUCUUUAUCCUGUUUUACUACACCUAAACUCAAUUUCACACCGGAGUUCUCCUUUAAUGAACUGCCACUAGUCUUUCAAACUGAACUGCCAGCAAAAGUACAUCUCUGUUAAUUGUUUACUUUUUUCUCUGACAUAAUUCUGUCUUACCUGAUUAACAGUGAUUUUUUUACGAUUAUGUAUACAUCUGUGCAGCACACUGGCUUUUAAUCUGUGAUUUAAAAAAAAAAGUUCUUAUAUUGCUUAAUUUUGUUAUUAAGCCACACUGAAAUGUUUUGAUAGAGUUUUUUUUAACUUGUGCAAUAUUUUGAAGUCAUCACAAAAUAUGACACAUUUUUGAAUAGAUUUAAUAGACAACUAAUUUUAAAAAACAAUGCUAAUAAAAUAAAAAAAAUAUUGUUGUGUUUA